UGAGAUAUCAGCAGGAACCGACCGAAAAUACUCUACAAGUUCGCCAUUUUGCGGAGAGGACGUUCGUGCGGAGUUUUUUGUGGGGUCAGUCGUCAAAAAAUUUUUCGGGUGUCCUACGGGCCACGGAAUCUCGAGCGCAAAUCGUGUCGUCGCCAGUGCAAAAUCAUUGACUGCAACGGCAAAAACAAGUGCCAAGACAAACGGGACGGGAACAGUGGACUGGUGUCUCGAAAUCGCGGUCGAAAAGUCAAAUAAGAAGUGCGUCUCGUCGCUGGGAACCUGUUCACGGCUCACCUAGUUUCCAGUUUGGUCGUUCUCCGGAGGUCGCUGAGUUUUAUGCAAAUAUUUGCGAGUGGAGCGGACGGACGUGGAGCCGUGUACGUGAGUGCGGAGUGCAAAAGUGAGUUGGAUUGCAAAGUGAGUGCUGGAGCCCUUUCGCGCGACACAAUGGAGCUGUGAAAAUGCCUGGGAACUCGAAAUCGACCGCGAUCCAAUCGGGGGCAUGGUGAACGAGCUGUCACUGGGAUUAGGGAAAAUCGGAAAAUCGUCGCAAAGUGCGGAAAACUGAUUGGAUUUGGCCGAGGGUUGCAUGAAAAGCAACUGCUGCAAGUGUCGUGAGUUUCGUGCGCUGGCUGGUGGCAAGUCGGAAAAAUUGAUUUUUCCCCGCAGCUGUCAAAUGUCGAAUUGAUCCCCGGACGGUAGACGGUCGAGAAAACCAGGGCCCCGAGUGACGGGCUGCGCCAGCGAUUCGGAGGAGACGCGCAAAAGGACGACCCUGUGGAGACCUCUCGAUGCGGAAAUCGCGACUUGUGCGGCGUUUCACGGACUGAACGCGCGUCGUCCUAUUUUGGUGCGGGUGGAAUCUGUGUCACGAGUGGCACUCGCAGCCAAGUACCGAAAGUGUUCACGCAAGCGACCUUAGUGAAAAGUGCAGUGUCUAAUAGAACCUACUAACAAAGCGACCGAGCGCCGGUGGUGAUCCUGCGGACUGUCGGCGGUCAGGACCGCCCUCUCUGACCCGCGUCGCGCAGGCUCGAGCUACUUAUCUGGCCCCUUACUAACGUAACAAAUAGUCAGACCGCAAGCGUGAAAAUAAGCGCUAGCACGCUGGACUCACAAACGGAAUCGAGCGAUCUCAAUUUGCAAACAGCAAACGCAGCACACGAGCAGCAUCUUCCCAAGAGCGUGCAGAAAGCAUCGUCAUCGUCAGCGAAAAUGGGAAACAACGCCUCAACCGCCAACAAGAAGGUGGACGCGGCCGAGGAGGCCAAGGUGUACCUGGAGCGUGCCAAGGAGGACUUUGAGGACUUGUGGAAGCGCAACCCCACGAACACCGCCUGCCUCGAUGACUUCGAGCGCAUCAAGACGCUGGGCACGGGCUCCUUCGGACGGGUCAUGAUCGUCCAGCACAAACCCACAAAGGACUACUACGCCAUGAAGAUCCUGGACAAACAGAAGGUCGUCAAGUUGAAACAGGUGGAGCACACGCUUAACGAGAAGCGCAUCCUGCAGGCGAUAUCGUUCCCGUUUCUGGUCAGUUUAAAGUAUCACUUUAAGGAUAAUUCGAAUUUGUAUAUGGUUCUCGAAUACGUGCCGGGCGGCGAGAUGUUCUCGCAUUUGCGCAAGGUCGGGCGCUUCUCCGAGCCGCACUCGCGCUUCUACGCCGCGCAAAUAGUCCUGGCUUUCGAAUAUCUCCACUAUCUGGAUCUAAUCUAUCGCGACUUGAAGCCCGAGAACUUGCUAAUAGACUCGCAGGGCUACCUGAAGGUCACUGACUUUGGGUUCGCGAAGCGCGUCAAGGGUCGCACAUGGACUCUGUGCGGCACGCCCGAGUAUCUAGCGCCCGAAAUCAUUCUUAGUAAAGGGUAUAACAAAGCCGUCGACUGGUGGGCCCUGGGCGUGCUAGUGUACGAAAUGGCGGCCGGCUACCCACCCUUCUUCGCCGACCAGCCCAUCCAAAUCUACGAGAAGAUCGUGUCCGGGAAGGUACGCUUCCCGUCACACUUUGGCUCAGAUCUGAAGGACCUGCUGCGAAAUCUACUCCAGGUGGAUCUGACCAAGCGGUACGGCAACCUGAAGGCCGGUGUUAAUGAUAUUAAGGGACACAAAUGGUUCGCUUCCACGGACUGGAUCGCAAUUUUCCAGAAGAAGGUCGAGGCCCCGUUCAUCCCGCGAUGUAAGGGGCCUGGCGACACGAGUAACUUCGACGACUACGAGGAGGAGGCUCUGCGGAUUUCAAGUACGGAGAAGUGCGCCCGCGAAUUUGCCGAGUUCUAAGUUGGAUUCUAUAGGUUUAAUCUGCUCCCGCACGCAGCACAUCUUCAUUUUGGAAUGUUUUAUUAUUUAGAGCAACAACAGGAGAGCAUAAUCGUCGUACUGAGAAGAGAGGAAAAUUGUAAGAAUAACCGGAAGGCGCCCCUUGUUUGGACCCGAGCUGCUACGAGUCGUCUUUCUCACCAACCAGCCGCCCUCAAGCAGAGACCCUUCCACCCCCGGGGCUCGGCCCCCCUGCGAGUUUCGUGCGUGCAGCUCCUCCUCCAAAUAUCCCCCCAAAAGCUUAGCCGACUUUAAGGAUCGGCGUGUGUUAGACGCUGCGUUAGGAUUUAAACAAAAUGCAGUCUCUGAAAUCAUAGUCGUCGUCGAGAGGAUUCAAUAAAUUUAAAUAAAAAAAAAAGAAAUUAGAGAACUAACAGCAAAUCAUAUAUAGAUAAAAAUGUACUUUGUAAGCAAAAGAUGCAAAACCCUAUUUACAACAGAACAUAAACAAUUGAAACAAAUCACGAGGUAGAAGUAAUCAAUUCCUGUUUUCUGUCCCCCGCCCCCCACUGUCGCUACUUUUUUCGUUCCACCCUCGUUUCGCUUAACGUACUUGGACGACCCGCCCCCGCCCCCCGGUCCCGGUCCCGGUUCCCUUCUUUUACUUUGCCUGAGUUGAGAGCUUCCACUUUUCUUUCUUUGCAUUAGGAAAAAAGUUUAUUCAUAUUUUUAUUACUAUUAUUAUAUUAUAUCUCGUUUUAAUAUUGUUGUUAUUUAUUAAUUAAACUUAAAGGAAUUAUUAUUUAAUGUAUCAAAUCGUCAUCAAGUUCUUAGAGAUAUCAAGGAGAAAUUAUGAGGUGAAAACAUGAAAAUUGAAAAAGUAACUUUUUUGUAAUUAUUUAAAAUGAGAUGAAAAGUCAUAAAGUGUAAUUGCAAAAUGAAUAUUUUAAGAUUAAGUUAAAAGUGAAGAGAGUAAUUAAUAUGAAAAUGAUAAAAAUAAAAA